ACAUUAGAAACAGCUGUAACUGUACGGAUUAUAGUCUCCCUGCAGAGCUUCAUCAGGCUAUCAACUAUGUCCACUCACACCAGUGUUCUUCUUCUCAUCACUCUCUGGGCUUCCAUGGAGGAUGGUUUGGGUCUUCCAGUGAUGAAACAGGUGGAAGUGGAGGUCAGUGACGGUGUCCCGACACAGAGAGUGAGGACCAAGCGCUGCGCCUGUAGCAGCCCAUUCGACUCUGAGUGUCACUACUUCUGUCACUUGGAUAUCAUUUGGGUCAACACACCCAGUAAGACAACAGUUUAUGGGCUCGGCAGCGCUCUGUCCCGGCGCAGAAGGUCCACUGGCCGCUGCACCUGUGCCAACCCUGAUGAUCAAACCUGCACCAGCUUCUGCUAUCACAGCCCUGAAAUCACUUCCCCAAAGAGAUCUGUAGAGAGACAUCAACCCAACAUACUCAGCAUCCUAAGAGCUGCAGCCCGCAGGUCCACGAGAGCUCGGGAUUCACCUGAUCCAGACAGAGAUGAGUCCUCUCAGAGGGAGGACACUCGCUAAGCAGCGUGCCAGCUGAGGCAGCAAGAGAGAGAGAGAAAGGGAGCAGCGAGCACCUGAACAAAUGACACUCCUUUGAUAGAGAGGGGGGAAACAAAAGGGCUGCUGAGAGAUGGUGUCCGACGCAGGAAGGCCCCGAAGCGCCACAGAGAUGUCUGUUUGUACCCAGGAAUAGAGGGUGGAAAGCGUGACAGAGAUCUGCCAACACAUUGUGGAGGUUCAGCAUUGAGAGGAGCUUCUAUCGUGACAAGAGAGCGCUGUGCCUGUGCUCAUGUUUGACUCUGACCAUGUGGUCUGUGAGAGGCAGAGCGGUGGUCCGUGUGCAGACAUGCCAGCUCUGACAGAGAAGGAUGUAACAGAGGAAAGGGACAUGCAUACUGUACAUACAUGUACAGGAAUUUAUCACAUAUACAUACUGUAGCAUGCUGUUACUCUUUCUUCUGUAAAAUGCAUUUAUUAUGGCUCAACAAAUGUGUCAUACAGUUUAUAAAAUUGUUUUUUUUGUGUUUGACUUAAGAUUCAUGUUGAAAAAAGUUACGUAGAAUACUUAAGGUUAUAUGUCUGUAUUAAGGUUAUUGUAUGCAAAAGUGUAAAGCAGAUAAAUUACAUCUGAAUCAAGCUUAUCAUGCCUGUUAAGGCUUUGAUUAUAGAUAUAAGUUGAGACAAAAAAAAACAAA